ACAUGAUAUUAGAAGACAGGGAAACUCACAGGUUUCACAAGAGUGUGGUUGAUGUGGUAACACUGGUAAGACAUAUUCAGGUCACCAGGUCACCAGCAGGUCAAGAAAUAACUAAAGGGUUAUAAUUAACCAUAAUUUGUAAAAGGGUGGAGGGGUAAGCCAGCGGAAGGCCUCGGUUAGAUAACCAAAAGCUCCAACGACGGGUUAUCACCUAAGACCCGAGUCAGGAGACACUUGUCCUGUGUCCUGACCUGACGUAACUACCAGGAGGUCACCAGGAGGUCAUCUAGCAUAGUGAUGGUGAUGGGGUAGGUGAUGGUGUCUUGUGUUGUGUCUAAACAGGUGGCCUCCCAGCUGGUGUCUCACCCAGCUGUACCAACAAUGAAAGACAAAAGGAUGAAGUUAGACGAUGAUGAUUACAGGUUUGGUGCUAAACUACAGCAGCUGGUUAUUACUUGGAAUGAAGAACGACUCAAACAUGUGUCAGAAGAACGUAUUAAAAGUAGUAGACAAGAACUUAUGACAUUUAAUACCCUGGAGGUCCUCUCUCUGUACACCACAAUGAUGGUCAAGCGGUACGUCAAGGACAAUAAAUUCUUUUGCAAUCAUUUAAUAGAUUUCAUCAAAUUAAUUGAAAACAACUUAGCAAAGUUGAAGAUUGAGAAGAAGUGGUUUUUUGCCACCAUCCGAGAUCAAGCACGGCUCCAUCAUAAUGAGUGGGAUGAGUAUGUGGACGGCGUGAAUGAAGGUCGUAUGCAAUACAACUGUACCCUCCUGCUUGUGGCCCUGUUGUUGGGAAUGGAGAAGGUAUGGGUGUCAGAUGGAUGCUUACCAUUUGAUGAUAACAAGACAGUUACCUUGAUAAAAUUAAUAUUUGAGAAUGCUCAACCAAGUUUUGCCCUCAAGCAACUCAGCCAAACUGAUCCCAUGUUUGAGUUCUUGGCCAGUCACUCACCCUACCUGGAAGUUCUUCAUCUACCUCACAGUGAUGUUUCCUCAUUCCAAAGUUGUGUCAAAUUUGAGAACCUACGUGUGAUUGAACUCGCUGGCGGAGUGUCAGAUAAGGUGAUGUGUAAUGCCCUCUGGAACAUCAGCAAGAGGAGUGAUAAAGUGUUGGACAUGGUGAUCAAGAUGCCCAUGGAAAUAGAUGGAUGGCAUUUGUCUCUACCUCACCUAGAGGUGCUAAGGACCAACAUGCUGCAGUGCCCUGUCCAGACUAAUGCCAUGCGUCUGUCUCUGGGUGCUGCUGCUCUGGCCAUACAACCCAGUCUUAAGAUUGUGGAAACCCUGCAGUCGUGGGACACUUAUGGUGCUGUCCUCUACCUCCUUGAUCGGGAAGCCAAACAGAGGAAAUCAAAUGGCAUUGAUUGCAAUGAUGAACGGAAAUUGAAUGUCACAAGCUUGACUGUGAACUAUGAGAAGAACCUAGACAUGGAGGAAUUAAAGCGGGUGAUGCAAGCCUGCCCAAAGCUGUCCCAUCUAACUAUCAACAAUGCUGAAAAUAUUCAACCAGAUUUGGCUCUCUUGUGUGAAAUCAUACCAGUGAAGCAAGUGAAGAAUCUGACCGUGGAUGUCUCCAAGUUAACAAACCUAGAGCUGACAGUACUACUGGCAGAGAUGAGCAGUUUAGAACACUUGACCCUCAAGCUCACUCCUCAGGCAAUUGUUAAAUUUAAUGUUCCCAUUGAAGGAGAGACCAGGGCCAUGCUACCUGCAGUUAAAACACUACAAAUUGAAUUUCUCUCCACUGGUGUGGACAGCCUUACUUCUUUAAACAACUUUCUGGCAAAAGACAUGAUGAGCUUCCUGUCAACAUUCAAAUAUGUCAAGGAACUUUACUUCCACAACACAUUGUUUGUUCCACCUUCAUAUGUGGUGUAUGGAUGUAUUGGAGGAUCAUUGACCAUGUUUAAUAAACUGCGGCACCUGUCUGUUAUUUCCUGUGAUGACACGCCAAGAGAGGCUGUCAUGAUGCUUCAGGAUACAGUUACAUCGCGCCAUCACAGGGGAGUUCCUCGCAUGCUGGCUGAUCUUCAGAAUGAAACAACAUUCAAGCACAUGAGAGAUUUAGAGAGCUUGGAGAUCGAUGAAUUUUAUAUCAGUCCUCGAGUCGACAGCAUGAUUGAAGCUCUCCGACUCUCUGGAGUCAAGGUGGCUGUGCUCUAUCAUCCUCAGGACAAAAAGAAAUCACACAGUUGUGUAAUGAAGAAACGACAAACACUUCGAAAAAUCUAGAGAAUGCUAGGAGUAUACUGUAUUUCAUCCAGAUUUUUAUAAGCACAGUUAAAGAAGAUUGCCAGCAUCCAAGAUCCACAACUCUCAACCUCUAUCAAAAAAUAUUGGAAAGAUUGCUGGAACAGUGGAAGGAAUCCUAAGAUGUGAUUAGAAGAGUUCCUGUAGGAAGUGCUUAAUCAGCUAGGUUGUAAUUGCUGUAUGGACCUGUAGUAGCUUGACCCAUCUGGCAGUUGCCAGGGAAGCUUGGCCUCAGAGUAGAGGCCACGACUAAUAAAAAAAAAAAAAAAAAAAAAAUUGGGUCUAGUUAUGUCACAGUGGAUAAGGUGUUAUGUGUACAAAUCAUCUUUGUAAUCAUCAGAAUAUUUUUGUUUCAAUUUUAAGGUUGUGAUGUUCCAAGGAUAAUGUUCAAGUAAUUGAAGUUUUUUUGUAACAGAUUUUUCUUUACACACUAAUCACUACAUAUUAUGUACUUGUAAAGAGACAUGCAAAUACGACUUUUAUUUGUAUUUCCUUAACGUGCUACCAGGGUAUUUAUUCUGCAAAUGUAAGUUACUACUACAGUAAAAAUAUCCUAUAGAUCUUGCUUUACAAUGUUCUCUAAUGCUUUAGUUCAGAUAUUUUGAGUAUGUUACUGUAAACCAUGGAAUGGGUGGGAUUUGAACCCAAGGAAGUUUCAAGACUCUUUUACCACGGGUUCAGAUCUCACCCAUUUCAUGUUUGUUUGCAGUUGUGUUAUUGCCGUUACUGUAAUUGUCCAGUUAGGUUAAGCAAAAUGUUUAAAUGCAUAUAUGAAAAUUUUUGCAAUGUUUGUUCCUUCAACCUGGUCAGGACUCCUCAGUGCAAAGGCAGUGAUAUUGUGUGAAUGAUAGCAAGUGUUGCUUGAUGGUGAAAGUGUUUCUUUCUUUUUUGAGUCACCCUGCCUCAAUGGGAGACGGCUGACGUGCUAAAAAAAAAAAAAAUGAAAAAUUGCCAGUAAUUGUCUUAGAAAAUUUGGCCUGUAAGUUGAAUAUUAAGAUUCAAUCCAUCAGCAUUAACUCAUGAUUGUACUGUACUUGCCUUGGUGUAAAAAUUUGAAUAUUGAGAAGGGUGCAGCACACCACUACGUCUCAUCACAACCAAGUCUGCUAUUACUUCAAAUGAAAUAUAAUUUACCUAACUACAAAGUAGCUCCAAAGAAUUGGAUCUGACCUUCCUUUCCUUUAAUAAUAGAAUCUGAUUGUCUCCCAUUCCCAAAAGCACUCUGUGAUCUCUUUUUGGAUUUUGUGUAUAUUUAUACGUAUAUGCUUCUAAACUGUUGUAUUCUGAGCACCUCUGUAAAAGCAGUGAUAAUGUGUGAAUAUGGUGAAAGUGUUGAAUGAUGAUGAAAGUAUUUUCUUUUUGGGGAUUUUCUUUCUUUUUUGGGUCACCCUGCCUCGGUGGGAGACGACCGACUUGUUGAAAAAAAAAAAAUAAUAAUAUAAAAUAAAUAUAAAAUAAAUGAUAAUGGGAGCCCUUUGAUUGAACUUUGUAUAGAAAGGGGUUUAGUUAUAGGUAAUACGUAUUUUAAGAAAAAGAGGAUAAAUAGUAUACAAGACAUGAUGUAGGGCGAAAUGACAGUAGUUUGUUGGAUUAUGUAUUGGUAGAUAAAAGACUGUUAAGUAGACUUCAGGAUGUACAUGUUUAUAGAGGGGCCACAGAUUUAUCAGAUCACUUUCUAGUUGUAGCUACACUGAGAGUAAAAGGAAGAUGGGAUACAAGGAGAAUAGAAGCAUCAGGGAAGAGAGAGGUGAAGGUUUAUAAACUAAAAGAGGAGACAGUUAGGUUAAGAUAUAAACAGCUAUUGGAGGAUAGAUGGGCUAAUGAGAGCAUAGGCAACGGGAUCGAAGAGGUAUGGGGUAGGUUUAAAAAUGUAGUGUUAGAGUGUUCAGCAGAAGUUUGUGGUUACAGGAAAGUGGGUGCGGGAAGGAAGAGGAACGAUUGGUGGAAUGAUGAUGUAAAGAGAGUAGUAAGGGAGAAAAAGUUAGCAUAUGAGAAGUUUUUACAAAGUAGAAGUGAUGCAAGGAGGGAAGAGUAUAUGGAGAAAAAGAGAGAGGUUAAGAGAGUGGUAAAGCAAUGUAAAAAGAGAGCAAAUGAGAGAGUGGGUGAGAUGUUAUCAACAAAUUUUGUUGAAAAUAAGAAAAAGUUUUGGAGUGAGAUUAACAAGUUAAGGAAGCCUAGAGAACAAAUGGAUUUGUCAGUUAAAAAUAGGAGAGGAGAGUUAUUAAAUGGAGAGUUAGAGGUAUUGGGAAGAUGGAGGGAAUAUUUUGAGGAAUUGUUAAAUGUUGAUGAAGAUAGGGAAGCUGUGAUUUCGUGUAUAGGGCAAGGAGGAAUAACAUCUUGUAGGAGUGAGGAAGAGCCAGUUGUGAGUGUGGGGGAAGUUCGUGAGGCAGUAGGUAAAAUGAAAGGGGGUAAGGCAGCCGGGAUUGAUGGGAUAAAGGUAGAAAUGUUAACCCUUUGACUGUCGAAGGGCCCAAUCCUGAAGUUGCUCCUGGUGUCGCAAAAUAUUCGAAAAAAAAAAAAAUUAUUUUUUCUUAUGAAAUGAUAGAGAAUCUUUUCCCGAUUGUAAAGACACCAAAAAAACGAAAUUUGAUGGAAAACUGACGGAAUUACGCUCUCGCGAAGUUAGCGACUUCGGCGAUAUUUAAAAAUCGGCAAUUUCGCCCACUUUGAGCCCUAUUUUCGGCUAAUUCCGUUAUUCCAGUCAACCAAACUCAUAACUAUUUCUUCAGAACUCUAUUUUUUCUAUCGAUUGAGCACAAGAAACUGCCCAUUUACCGAUUUCAACUACCCAAUAACAUGGUCAGAAAUUUGCAAUUUGGCCAAUUUCACGAAAAUUAAAAAUACGACAAUUUCAAAAUAAGGUCCAGAAUGAACAAUGCAGACAUUCCUGGCUCUAAAAUAAGAUUUUCUUUGUUCAUCAGUCAUGUCUCCAGGUCCCUGUGAUAUUACUCUUGCUUUUUAUUUUGAAAUUUUAUUCAAACAAAAAAUAGAAGAUUUACUGUUAUGCAGACUACUGCAAUACUGUAAUAAUUGUAAAAAUUACAUCAACCCAUUCAUGACUGCGUAUUAGAAUGGCUAUUUGGACAUUUAUUGGACAAUGACAUCAUUUGUUUACUUUGAACAUCGGCAAAAAUCAAACAUUUCCUGUACUUUGUGCUCCAUUUCCAGGUUCUUUUUAUAGGAAAAUUAAUCAAAAUCACCUCCAUUUCUAUAAUAUAGUUUCCAUUCUAUCAAAUGAGACCAUGAAAACGAGAAUACAACCACAAAUACUAUACGAAAAUAGACCACAAAGUCGGCAUUUUAAUUAAAAAAAACGGUCGGAGUUUUUUUUUUCUCAUUAUGCACUGCGUGCUCCAGGAUUUUUUUUAUGUGGUGCACACUGACCACACAGACCCAUUCUCUCACAUGUGGGCCUACUAGCUUUCUCCUGCCUGAUUUGAAGCCGCUAGAAUUUAUGAGUAUAUAUACGUCAAACACGGUACCUCACAAACGUAUAUAUACGGCCGCGACAGUCAAAGGGUUAAAAGCAGGUGGGGAUAUAGUUUUGGAGUGGUUGGUGCAAUUAUUUAAUAAAUGUAUGGAAGAGGGUAAGGUACCUAGGGAUUGGCAGAGAGCAUGCAUAGUUCCUUUGUAUAAAGGUAAAGGGGACAAAAGAGAGUGCAAAAAUUAUAGGGGGAUAAGUCUGUUGAGUAUACCUGGUAAAGUGUAUGGUAGAGUUAUUAUUGAAAGAAUUAAGAGUAAGACGGAGAAUAGGAUAGCAGAUGAACAAGGAGGCUUUAGGAAAGGUAGGGGGUGUGUGGACCAGGUGUUUACAGUGAAACAUAUAAGUGAACAGUAUUUAGAUAAGGCUAAAGAGGUCUUUGUGGCAUUUAUGGAUUUGGAAAAGGCGUAUGGCAGGGUGGAUAGGGGGGCAAUGUGGCAGAUGCUGCAGGUGUAUGGUGUAGGAGGUAGGUUACUGAAAGCAGUGAAGAGUUUUUACGAGGAUAGUGAGGCUCAAGUUAGAGUAUAUAGGAAAGAGGGAAAUUAUUUCCCAGUAAAAGUAGGCCUUAGACAAGGAUGUGUGAUGUCACCGUGGUUGUUUAAUAUAUUUAUAGAUGGGGUUGUAAGAAAAGUAAAUGUGAGGGUCUUGGCAAGAGGCAUGGAGUUAAAAGAUAAAGAAUCACACACAAAGUGGGAGUUGUCACAGUUGCUCUUUGCUGAUGACAUGUGCUCUUGGGAGAUUCUGAAGAGAAGUUGCAGAGAUUGGUGGA